AUGACAGCGGCAUUUGCCAUUAAUACAAUUUCUGAAACGACACCAUCUAAAAUUCCAACAACAAUAAAAUCAUUAGUAGUUGACGAUAAUUUAAUAACUGGUAAAAUCCUUUCGAAGAUUCUGACCAAAGAAUUCAACCAUCAAGUAACAUUUGUACCGAGUGGUAAUGAAGCUUUGAAUAAAUUGUCACAAAAUAUUUAUGAUCUUGUAUUUAUGGAUAUUGACAUGCCAGAAUUAUCCGGUGUUGAAACUAGUAUUAGAAUAAGAAAUUCGAAUAAUAUUAUGGAAGAAAACAGAGUUGUCCCUAUAUUUGCUUAUACGACUAACAAAUGGGAUGAAAAGUUUUUAAAUGCUGGCAUGGUAAGCAUUACAAGCUUAGAUAAAGUUCAAGCUGUAAUUGAAACUGUUUCUCGUCGUUAA